AUGAUAAUGAUUAUGGAUAUCAACGGUAGUGAUCCGCUCCAGACAAAGAGUACAAUGGCCAAUUUUUCUUCAUCGGAAACGCUAUUUCACGGUUAUGAGGCAAACACAUCGAACAAUUCGCAUGAAAUCAAUAAUGAUAUCUAUGUCACGAGCACUCGAUGUAUUGAAGGGACUUCACAAGCAUCAUACAGCUCGACAUGUUCCGAAAAAUUUGAAGCAAAACAAAAAGAUGGCGGAUUAUACUGGAAUUGUAACAUUGCUGACCAGAGUACUUAUAAACAUUCCCACUUAGCACCUGGACGUACCUCUUGUGUGUUCUUGGAGAUGGCUCUGAAACGAUUAUAUGCUCGAGAUGAUUUCGAUGUACUGGAAAGCUUGGGCGAAGGUUUCUUUGGUGACGUGUAUAAGGUACAACAUCGAUUUACCGGGGAAAUUAUGGUGCUGAAGGUCGGUAAAAAGCGAGAACGGGAAAAUCGAGUACGGAUUAAGGCAAAUGUGCUAAAAGAAGUUGAUGUGUUAAAUCAGUUGACGUCACACCCCAAUCUGUUGGCCUUUCGUGGUGUUUGCGUUGAUUUAUCAGAGAAGUCAUGGAAUUUACAUAUACUUAUGGAUUUCUGUGAUGCGGGUAGCUUAAGUCGCCUGAUAUGUGAUCACCAAAAAUGUUUCCGAUGGAAUUUACGAUGCAGUUUAGCGCGUGAUAUUUCAUAUGCUAUGAAUUUUGUACAUUCAAAAGGCAUCAUGCAUCGCGAUCUCACUAGCAUGAACGUUUUGUUGCAAAAAGUUGCGAAUGGCAGUUUAAAAGCAGUGGUAGCAGAUUUCGGCUUAUCAUGCAGAAUCCCACGAAUUGUUGAAAAGCUGACUCAAGUCGGUACCCCGUUCUGGAUGGCACCAGAGUGCCUUAAGGAAGAAUUUUACGAUGAAAAGGCAGAUGUUUUCUCCUUUGGAAUAAUACUAUGCCAGAUGAUAGCAAGGAUUGACGCCGAUCCAGAAGCAGGGCUGUACCGAACUCAUAAUUUUGGCUUAGAUUAUGUUCGCUUUACAGCCCACUGUCCAACUGACACCCCUUUGGAUAUUUUGAACCUGGCAUUUCAGUGUUGUCUGAUGGAUCCAGCUGCUCGGCCCAGUUUUAAAUCUGUCUGUAAUUUCUUUACCAACUUCCGAUUUUCACGGCAUAAAGAUUAUAGCGAAUUUCCAUCGCGAAUGGUUGAAAAUGAUGGGCGGUUGGAGCGUUCUUUGUCAGAUGCAACUUUAAAAUACUGGAAAUUGAAACAAUCAGAAUUAUUUCCAAAUAUUUUAACUCGAAAGGAGCAAAAUAGUGGAAAGCAAAGUGAGUGCAAGUCAGUGAAUACAGUUCCUCUUCUGAUUCUUCAAGAAGGUGUGCCAUAUGAAGAUCUAAAUCAUACAAACAAGGAUGAGGAGAUGAGAAACAAGUCGCGAAUGGAAGAGCUUGCGAGAAGCGUUGCUGUAGAUGAACUUUCUGAUGAGAUGUCCUUGGAUACCGGAAAUCCGUUCAUUGCUCACAAAAUUUACAAAACAACUCGUAAAUUAGCUUUCCCUGAAACGAGUGAUCGACGAUGUGUUGUUUCGGAUGUGAAGGAAUUGGAUGACACCAGUGUAAAUACGACUAAUUAUGAUUUAACGAAUUAUCGUGUCUUCACCACUCACAUCAGUGAGCAAGCAGCCAAUAAAAAGAAGUAUGGUCAUCAAAGAAGAAUCUCAAAAAUUAUUCGUCGCAGUGCAUCACUUCCAAUUCCAUCAACGAAUGCAUCGUGGAUAAGGCAUUGUGCAACAUUUGAUCCAUUAUUGCCAUCAUCAUCUACUGGCUUAACAACGGCUGUAGUCGGGCAACGUGAUAAAACUGAUCAUAUCGGUGAACACUGUGUAUUGAAAGGUCAAAUGUCGAUGGCGUUCAAAAAUAAAGAUCAGAAGUUCACCUCACGUCGAUGUCGGUCAACUUUUUCGAAUAAAACAUUGCUUAGUCCCAAUUUUGCGAAGAAUCAACGGGCCAAAGAUUUUUCCUUAUCAGUGGACGAAGAGAUUUUAAGCCAUGAUAUUAAUGAACUUACUUUCGAACGCUGGAAAAGUGACAACAAUUCUGCCAACUUUGUACAGCAAAGCAAUGAUGUGGUCAUACAACAGCCCUUUCCAGUAGAGUUAUCUAUUAAUAAAUAUUCUAAAAGAACAUUUGUAAACAGGACAUCAUUAUUUGGAGCCAGAACUUCUAAUGAUGAAUUCAGUGGCGGGAUACAACGUAUAUGGGAAGUCGACUACAACAGACGUGGCAUUCAGGUGAUACGGAACACAGUUGUGCAUAAAGGAACAGCACACGAUACUACUAUCUUAGAUCCUUUUUGUAUAACAGGUCCGUGCAGUAAACACCGGAUAGCGCAUAGAGAUGAUAGACAUGUUCCCACCGAUGACGAAUAUUGUGUUGUUUUAUGA